AUGACAGAUAAAGGAUCGGUUGUAUUAGAAACAACAAUGGGUAACAUUACCCUUGAGCUCUAUUGGAACCAUACACCUAAAACAUCUAAAAAUAUAUAUGAACUUGCAUCAAAAGGUUAUUACAACAACACUAUUUUUCACAGAUUAAUUAAAUAUUAUAUUAAUAAAUAUUUAAACACAUUUACGAACUAUAUAAAGGAUUUUAUGAUACAGGGAGGUGAUCCUACUGGUACAGGUAGAGGUGGAUCAAGUAUAUAUGGGGAAAAGUUUGCAGAUGAAAUAACGAAAGAGCUUAAACAUACAGGUGCUGGUAUUCUAUCGAUGGCAAACAGUGGACCAAAUACAAAUGGCAGUCAGUUUUUCAUUACUUUUGCACCUACACCUUGGUUAGAUGGUAAACAUACUAUUUUCGGUCGUGUUUCCAGUGGAAUGAAUGUUGUACAAAAGAUGAACGUAAUGCCAACAUCAAAUGAUAAACCACUAGAGGAAAUAAGAAUCAUUAAAGCAUAUACUAUUUAA